CAGAUUCUAUUCUAUUAGAUUUUUGCCCUUGAUUGAUGCUGGAUCUGCAUUUAUAGAAUUCGAAAAUGGUAGAAAAGUUUAGAAAGUGAUCAAAAUUUCUUUCAUGAAAUGGGACUCAAUCUCACUCUCAAAAUUGUCAUUGGAGUCGUCCCUGCAAUUCUUGUGAUUGGUAUCAUAUGCUUCGUCUACUUCGUUUAUAAGAGAAGGGCGAGAAAUGAGCUUCCACAGAGGCGGAGCUCUGGAAGGAAAGAAGAAUAUGAAGUGGAAACAGAAGAUUUGUACAGUUUCCCAGGUGGUGAGAAUUGCACAAUCCAUGACAUCUUAGAUGCUCCGGGAGAAGUUGUGGGGAAAUCGAGCUACGGAACACUGUAUAAAGCCACAAUGGAAAGGCUUAAUUCGAAUGUGUUGCUUAGGUUUCUGAGGCCAACCUGCACGGGAAGGUUGAAAGAGAUUAAUCCUGUGAUUCAGAUGCUGGGGUUUAUUAGGCAUCCCAAUUUGGUGCCUCUUCAAGCGUUUUACGCGGGGCCAAGAGGAGAGAAGCUUUUUGUCCAUCCCUUCCUUAGCCAUGGUAAUCUGGCUCAGUUUAUUCGAGAUGGAAAUGGCGAAUCACACAAAUGGGCUAUCAUUUAUAAGAUCUCACUUGGUAUUGUCAAAGGACUUGAUCAUCUACAUUCUGGAUUACAGCUUCCCAUAAUCCAUGGAAAUCUCAAGUCAAAGAAUAUCUUGCUGGAUGAGAUUCAUCAGCCUUAUAUCUCAGAUUUUGGUCUGCACCUCCUUUUAAAUUCAUCAGCUGGCCAAGAGGUGCUUGAUGUUUCAGCAGCUCAGGGGUACAAAGCCCCUGAAGUCAUGAAGAUGAAGGAAGUAAGCAAAGAAAGUGACAUAUACAGCCUUGGGGUCAUUUUACUUGAAAUAAUUACAGGGAAGGAGUCUAUUGAUGGGAAUGCGCCUCCUAGUCCAGAUCUGUAUCUGCCGAACUCCAUGAGAAAUGCAAUCCUUGAGCAUAGAAUAUCAGAUAUGUUUAACCCCAACAUACUUAUUAACCGAAGCAAUGAUCAAAACCCAAUUACUGAAGAACACCUGCUCAUGUUCUUUCAGUUGGCAAUGGCUUGUUGUUCUCCUUCCCCUGCUUUGAGACCAGAUAUCAAGCAAGUCCUCGGAAAGCUUGAAGAAAUUGGAAACUGAGAACCUUGGUAUAGUGGACUAUUUUCAGGCUUUUAUCUUGAUGAUGAUCAUGAUGCAGAUGGUUAGAGAUGGAUACAAAUAUCUCCAUGAUCUAAUGCUGACAGGGUUGAUGGCCCCUACACUGACAGUGAUUGUUUGAGGAAGGCCUUUUUCGUGGGUGAGGAAACAGGAGAGGAUGUUAGAUUGAAUUGGUGAUUUUUGUCUAUUUGACAAGUAAUCAGCACCACAGGUUGUAGAUUCAGUCAUGACUCAUGACACAUAUUGGGUAUUCUCGAUCAAUUAAUCGACACAGAUAACUUUACAGAGAGGAAGAACACAGUAGGAGCAGCCAA